AUGUCGGGCACCACGGAGGAGAAGAAGGUCCCUCUUGACGCCGGGAGCAGCGAGGAGCUAGAGCGCGGCUCGAAUUCCGUUGCUGGCGGGUUUGACACGUCCGCGACGAAGAAGUUGAUUCGCAAGAUCGAUCUUGUGUUGAUUCCGUGGUUGGCUUUGCUUUAUUUGCUGAGUUUCCUCGACCGCACCAACAUCGGCAAUGCCCGUCUCGCCGGCCUCGAAGAGGACCUGGGCAUGUCAGGCCUCGACUACAAUGUCGCCCUCGCCAUCUUCUUCCCCUUCUACGUCGCCGCCGAAAUCCCCUCGAACAUCAUGAUGAAGCGCUCGCGCCCAUCCCUCUGGAUCCCCUCGAUCAUGAUCGCCUGGGCAAUCGUCUGCUCGCUCAUGGGUCUAGUGGAGAACUACGCCGGGCUCCUCGUCGCGCGCGCGGCGCUCGGUAUCGCGGAGGGUGGACUGUUCCCUGGCGUUACAUUCUAUAUAACGAUGUGGUACAAGCGGCACGAGUGCGGUCUGCGCAUGGCGAUCUUCUUCUCGGCGGCCACGGCAGCAGGCGCAUUUGGGGGCCUGCUUGCGCGCGGAAUCGGCGAGAUGGACGGGAUUGGGGGGAAGGGCGGAUGGGCGUGGAUUUUCAUUAUCGAGGGUAUUCUGACGUUUGUUGUUGCAAUCGCCUCCUUCUACGUAAUGAACGACUACCCCUCCACCGCGAAAUUCCUGUCCGCGCCGGAAAAAGCCGAAGUCGAGCGCCGUCUGCAAGAAGACCGGUCUUCUCUCGCGGACGAGUACAACAUGAAGUACUUCUGGGACGCCGUCAAGGACUGGAAGAUCUGGGUGCACAUGUUCGUGACGGUCGGCGUGUACACGCCGCUGUACUCGUUCUCGCUGUUCCUGCCGACCAUCGUGUCGAGUCUGGGGUACCAGAACCACGAGGCGCAGCUGAUGACGGUGCCGCCCAUAAUCGGCUUCAUAAUGCUCAUCUCCUCGGACAACAACGGCGUCAAAUACGCAGGCACCUUCUUCGCCGCGUCUGGAAUCUACCCGAACGUCCCGCAGGGCGUGGCCUGGAACGGGAACAACAUCGGCGGGUCGUUCAAGCGGUCUGUCGGCAUCGCAAUGCACGUCGGCUGCGGGAACUUGGGGGGUGUGCUGUCGAGUUUCAUCUACCGGAGCCAGGACCGGCCGCACUACCGCAUUGGGCACGGCACGCUGAUUGGGUGUUUGACCAUGUCGACGAUCCUGUGCAGUAUCAUGACGGUUUAUCUGAGACGGGAGAAUGCGCGCCGCGAUCGCGAGUUUAAGCCGCCGGCUGAGUACUCGGAGGCUGAGAGGGCGGCGGAGAGGGAGAGGGGGGAUAGUGCGAGUUUCUUUAGGUAUACGGUUUGA